AUGAGGCAGGACACCUUCGACUACUGGUGCGAUGAGCCGGAGGAUGACAGCGAGGCCUUCUGGCUGCAGGCCUUCCUCCUCCGGGCCGGGCCCAACUGGACCCUGGGCGAGGUCAUCGAUGGAGACCUGAGCCUUCUGAUGAGCCGAGGUGACGGCCCACCACCGCCAUCGGGCCCCGAAGUGGUCGCCGUGGUGGCGCUGUCCCUGCAAGCCUGCAGCAAAAUGACAGACCACCACAAAGAGUGGGCAGCAUACACAGCUGGAUGCGAUGCCCAGCUGGAAAUGCCCAUCCUCCGUUUUGAAUAUCUUCCCUAUUACAACGAGGAGGUGGACAUGCCGCAGGGCACGACGUUCGUGAAGCAUUUCUCGGUGCAAGAUGGCGUGGAGCUCUUUGACAACAAGGUCUUCGAGAUCUCAAACAUGGAGGCCGAGUGCAUGGACCCGAUGUUCCGGCAAGUUAUGGAGGUGGGCUACCUGUCCACCCUGCAGAUUGGGCUCACCAAGAAGAUCGCCAACUCGAAAUCCACUCACGCCUCCGUGUCCGUUGGCCUGGACAAGCAGGAGUGGAAUCAGAUGCCAGUCGCGCAGAGCGUCGCGACGAACAACCAGCUGGCCAUCGUCGCGAAUCGCUUCAACUAUGUCUUCAACCUGAAAGGUGGCAGUUAUGCUUGCGACACGGCUUGCUCUUCCUCCCUGGUGGCCUCGCACCUGGGGAAAGUGAACCUCCUGGAGCAGAGGUGGGAUCCUCUCGAGUGGCACCUGGGACUGGGCACAGGCCUAACAUUGACAGUGGGAUCAUUCAUCCAUGGCUGUGCGGCGCACAUGCUUUCUCCCGGUGGCCGGUGCUUCACCUUCAACGCUACUGCGAAUGGCUACAAUCGCGGAGACGGCACAGCGGCCUUCCUUAUCAAGAAUGGCACCUUCGAGGAGGAGAGGUACGCCUUCCUCCGUGGAACUCAGAUUGGCCAGGAUGGACGUAGCGCCAGUAUGUCAGCCCCAAACGGUCCUGCACAGGAGAAGUGCGUUUGGGGCGCUCUUCGAGAAGCCAAGAUGCGACCUCCAGAGUCCACGGUGUGGGAGUGUCACGGCACCGGGACCUCCCUUGGAGAUCCCAUCGAAGUCGGCGCAGUUCGAAAAGUGCAGGUCAAGGAACAGCGCGCCGAGCCCCUUCUGAUCGCCAGCAGCAAGUCCAAUCUCGGGCACCUGGAAGGAAGCGCUGCGGCCAUCGCAAUGAACAAGUGCAUCCUGGUCGUGAUGCACGCCAUGGCUUUGCCGACGCAGCACUUGAAGACGUUGAAUCCGCACUUGGACCAUGCGGCUUUCGAUGCCCUGUACUCCACCGAGCAAACAGCCUACAAGUAUGCCCAGGGCCACUGCCAGGUGUCCUCCUUUGGUGUUGGAGGCACAAACGGCCACGCCAUCUUCUGGGGGGAGAAGGCGCAACCGGACGUGGACUUCCGCCGGGUCUUCCUUAAGAAGAUCAUGCGAGCCACACCGCCAAUCACCACGGAGGGCUCCACGGACCCUGCCUUGUGGGACUACAGGGGGCUUGAUUACAAAGCCACCAUGGGCGACACCUACAAAGUGUCGCUGGACAAGGACCCACUCACUGGUGAGGAGAACGUCAGCUUCGAGAAGGAGCAGGUCAGGGACGACCCUGCGGAGUUCUACAGUACGACGGGCAACCACAAUGACUGGGACAGUGAGCGAAUGCAGGAGGGCUCUAUCCCCGGUCUGUACUUUCAAGACAUCACAGCUGCGAGCUCAGUUGGUGGUGGUGGGUGGUGGCAAUUCUGUCGUUGUGGCACUGAAGUACAGUAG